UGUGUUCAUGUUGGUCGAAUUUUAAGAACCCAAGAAGCUAAAGGAGAUGGAAACGGUGGCUCCAGUCCCGGCGGUGGAUUUCAACUUUGACAGCACAUGUUCAUCUCCGUUCAUGACUGCUCCUUCAACUCCUCAACGCUUUGGCAAUUUCUUCCUCAGUGCUCCGACCAGUCCCACUCAUGUUUCUUCUCUCUAUCCCAAUUCUCAGUGGGACGAAACUCCUAGGAGCAACCACCAUGAUGAUAAUGGCAAAGAUUUCGAGUUCAACUUCAGCGGGCCAUUGGAAAGAGCUUUCUUGUCCGCCGAUGAGCUUUUCGAUGGCGGAAAGAUCCGGCCUUUGUUGAAAGUACACAUGUCCAGUGCCGUUUCUUCAGCCUGCAACUCCGUUCAUAAGAAAAGAAGAUCAUUGUCUCCAUUAAGAGCAUGCGACUUCACGUUGGGGCAAGAAGAAGAAGAAGAAGAUUCAUCAAAUUCCCAGAAAACCGUGGAUUCCAGCGCAAGCAAUCAUAAAUCUUCUUAUGUAUCUUCCAUUCUCUCGUCCAUUUCGUUCACAAAAGCGAACCGAAAGUGGAAGCUGAAGGACCUUUUUCUGUUCCGAAGUGCAUCGGAAGGGAGAGCAGCAAGUAAAGAUCCACUAAGAAAAUAUGCUCUUUUGUCGAGGAAAGAUCAAUCCGAUGACGUAAGAAACGCAAGCUUCCGGUCAACUGUUGGUACGGGUUCGGUGUCCCGGAGAGGAGCGGUUUCGGCUCACGAGUUGCAUUACACGGCGAACCGGGCUGUCUCGGAGGAGAUGAAGAAGAAGACCUUUUUACCUUACAAGCAAGGCCUCCUUGGAUGCUUGGGUUUCAAUCCUGGAAUGAACCAGAUUUCCAGGGGAAUUGGGUCUUUGACACGUGGAUGACCAUGAUUUACUCAUCUAAUGCCUCUUUUGUUGAAAAUAUAGAUUCCCAAAAUUCCAUUCUUUUUAUGUUUACAUAAUUUUAUGGAUCACAAACUGUUUGUUUG